AUGUCUUCCUAUCUCAUAACUGGAGCCAGUCGUGGCCUUGGGUUCGAAUUCGUACGGCAACUUGCCCAGGAUCCAGACAAUACAGUCAUCGGCCUGGUUCGCAACAAGGCUGCAGCCGAGGCUAAGGCCAAGGAACAAGGAAUUCAUCAUGUUCACAUGGUCGAGGCUCAAUAUACUGACUUGGCAUCAUUGAGAGAAGCCGCAGAAGUGGUCAAAGAUAUUACCAGCGGCGGUCUGGACUAUCUAGUGAACAAUGCCGCCAUAGUUUCUCAUAUCAGCGAAUGGAAAACCAUGGGUGACUUCAGUGAUGAUGAUUUCGAGACAAUGGAGAGGGACAUCUUACAAUCACUGGAAAUUAAUCUACUAGGCGCCAUUAAGAUAGUGCAUGCUUUUAUUCCGCUCAUUCGCAAUGGCAAGGGGAAAAAGUUGAUCACCAUUUCCACCGGUAUGGCCGAUAUCGACCUGAUCAAUGCGACACAAGUGGCUUUUGGCAGCCCAUACGCUAUCAGCAAGGGCGCAGUCAAUAUCGCUAUGGCUAAAUACAACGCUCUUUACAACAAGGAUGGUAUUCUAUUCCUUGCCGUUAGCCCUGGAUAUGUGUCAACUGAGCGAAACAAAGUGGAGGCAGCUCCUGAGGAUGCUGAAAAGGCAGCUGUGCUUGUGGGCAAGUUUAUCAACUACGCGCCGCACUUUCAGCGGCCCCUGACACCCGAGGAAUCGGUAAAUGCUCUCCUUUCGGUCAUGCAUAAAGCCUCGAUCGCGAACGGAGAUGGUGGUGCGUUUAUCUCGCAUCUAGGGAACAAACAGUGGCUGUAA